AUGUCAAGUGUGUUUGGAACUGUAUGGUAUAAAGGUGUAACUUUUGACGUGCCGGGAUAUUCUGCUGGCAAGGCAUUCGGUAUUGUUUCGGGUAUAUCUGAUGAAGGAGAAUGGAGGCUUCCGGAAUUCUCAGGAGAAUCGAG